AUGUCAUUUGUUUCGGAAAGUGAGACGCACCAGUCAUCUAUACUGGUUGCAGUAAGAGUUAGGCCGUUUACAGAGGAGGAGCAAUCACACCUGAUAGCUGUUCCAACGAAUGGAGCAGGAUCUCCGUUUUGUUUCGGGGACUCAAACCUUAGAAUUCCUGGCGCACACCCGACUACAUCUACGCCAACGCGUAUUUCCAAGAACUCUAGUCGUUUUAGGCCUCAGGGCAUAAGGAAAAUCGUCGAUUGUGUUGACGACAAGAUGUUAAUCUUCGAUCCUGCAGAAACCAAUCCAUUGAACAAGAUCAGCGAAACAGUGUUAAAUAGUAUGCUGGUGGGAUCUCGUGGAGAAGCAAGACGCAGAAUGAGACGAAACGGGGAACAAAAAUUUAUAUUUGAUCGGUUGUUUGAUGUUAAUACAACACAGCAGGAAGUUUUUCAAGGAACAACAAGACCUUUGUUAGAUGCCAUUGUUGAUGGUUUCAAUGGAACGGUGUUUGCAUAUGGUGCAACUGGUUGCGGGAAGACAUAUACGAUCAGUGGAACUCCGGAUAACCCUGGAAUCGUUUUUUUGACAAUGCAGGAGUUGUUCCAACGAAUUGAUGAGUUGAAAGAUACCAAGGUCUUUGAAUUGACGGUCUCAUAUCUAGAAAUUUAUAAUGAGACCAUAAGAGACUUGUUAAAACCCGAUACCCCUUCUCAGAAGUUGAUAAUUCGGGAAGACACUGAUAGUACUACCACCGUAGCUAACCUUUCAUUUCAUUCUCCCUCAACAGUUGAGGAUGUAAUGGACUUGGUGAUCCGUGGUAAUAUAAAUAGAACUACAUCAGCCACGGAUGCCAAUGAGACAUCGUCUCGAUCACAUGCAGUUCUUCAAAUCCAUGUCGUUCAAAGCAAUCGGAGUGUUGAUCUAAAAGAGGAUAAAACGUACGCUACACUCUCUAUUAUUGAUUUGGCUGGAAGUGAGCGAGCCUCUGCUACAAAAAACCGUGGUGAAAGGUUGCAUGAAGGAUCUAAUAUCAAUAAAUCACUACUAGCGCUUGGAAACUGUAUAAGUGCGCUAUGCAUGACAGGGAAGAGGAUGUUUUGUCACGUCCCAUAUCGUGACUCAAAGUUAACAAGACUCCUCAAGUUUUCCCUUGGGGGUAAUUGCAAGACGGUUAUGAUAGUAUGCGUUUCUCCUAGCAGUGCCCAUUAUGAUGAAACGUUAAACACGUUGAAGUACGCAAACAGAGCCAAGGAAAUCAAAACUAAAGUCAUUAGGAACCAGCACUCGCUAGAUCGUCAUGUUGGCUCGUACUUGAAAAUGAUCACGGCCCAGAAACAAGAAAUAGAGGAACUACGGAAUAGAGAAGCGAAAAUUAUCGAUUUACGUUUACAGCAAUACAGGCUUUCUAGGAAUAAGUUGCAAAUGGCUAUGUGGGAAGCCGUAAACCAACAAAAAUCAAAUUACCAGGUAUUAGAACGAUACGUUCGUGCAAAGACCAUGAAAUCACUACUGUUAUGUAAAAGGCAUUUCUUGCAGUUGGUAAAGGCAGAGGUUUGUCACCUCUUGAAUUUAACUGAAGCAGUAACUGAUCAUCCUCUCGCUGGUUUCUGUAAAACCAUAAGUGAACAGUUGUCCACUAAAAUUUCUGAGUUGGAAGACUCAUUUGAAGCUGAAGACGAGUUUUUCAUUUCAGUGGAACACAGUAAAGAAGUGGAUAUGGCAAGAUUUAGGUCAAUGGAAUCCUGGGACGAAGCUACUGAUUCGGUAUGGUUUGAACAGCAAUUGGAACACAUGCUUGAAUCCGUAAAGAACGAAAUAAUUUUCAAUUCAACCAUGAUGAUAGACAAACUGUUACAGGACACAAAGCUAAGAUCAAGGUAUAGAUUUGUAUCCGAGGCGUUUUUUAAACUACUCUUCAAUUCUGAAUCUACCGAAAAAGCAUUCGCGGAUCAGGAGACUGUGCUAGACAAGGUCCGUGACAGUAUCAUUGACCUAGUACAAAUAGACGAGGAGUUCGAACAGGUUGCGAACCAAAUGGGACCGCUAAGUGAGGACAUGAACAAAAGGAAACUCUCGGGCGACCUUUACCGCCAACCAGUAAAAAUGCGCAGCCCAGGCUCAGCUAUUUUAUCAAUAUCACGUGAUUGCUCGGACACAAGCUGUUCACCGUGUCCCGCUCAGAGGCCUGAACGGCGCGCGCCUCCGUCCUCACUACAUAUACGUAGGCCGCGUUUCCUUGGCGAAAGUCCGGAUGUAGCUCUCCCACCAAAAGAAGACCCGUUUCCACAGCCUUCUGCAAUCUCCGCCACCUCUGUACUCACAGGCCCAACCCCCCUAACAGCUGCUACUACUGCGGCCGAUGAUUCAAUGUCUGUUAACAACGCACGUAACAACUUAGAGCGUGUUAAUAUCAACGAAGAUGACGUAUCGAUGGCAGAAUCUGUGGAUAUCCCGCUCCGCAGAGACUCAAACAAGCCUAAAGUAUCCUUAACAUCUACUGUCCUCAGGACAAAGUAG